AUGACGCCAGAGGCUAUGGACAUUGAAUGCGGUGAUGUUUCCCCAUAUCAGUGUAAAGAAUCAAGGUAUCGAGCUUUUAAUGGUUCUUGCAAUAAUUUGUUGCAUCCCACCUGGGGAAUGCCAUACACAAGAAGUAAACGCAUUCUACAUGCAGCUUAUGCCGAUGGAAUUCGUACUCCUAGGUUAUCCCUAAGUGGGAAACCAUUGCCACUGCCUAGAGUCGUCAGCUUCAAAUUAUUCCCCAACGUAUCAAUGCACGAUAAACAGUUUACUUUAGUGACAAUGCAAUAUGGCCAGGUUAUUGCAGAAGAUAUUACGUUGGUAGAUCGUCCGAAAUCCUCACCGGCAAAUCAGUGUUGCUCAAUAGAAAGGAAGCUAGAUAAAGAUUAUUUAAAAAAACCUUUGUGCUAUCCGUUUCUUAUACCCAAGGAUGAUCCAGAUUACAAAAACAGUGGAGUCGAGUGUAUUGAACGAUUCAUACGUACUACUACUGAUUUGGAUCGGGGUUGUUCUAUCAGAAAAGGAGCUGUGACACAGCUAGCACUUAUCACACAUACAUUAGAUUUGUCUCCAGUUUAUGGAUUUAAUGAUAAAGCCGCUGCCAGUGUACGAGAACUAAAAGGUGGUCGAUUACGUGUCGAAAGACGAAACAAUCAUGACUGGCCACCGAUCAUUAGAGAGCAAUAUUUUUCUUGCAAUGGAACAAUAAACACUUGUUACAGGCUUGGUGACGCGAGAGUAAAUCAAAAUGCGGACUUAGCAAUUAUGCUUAUUAUUCUGAUGAGAGAACAUAAUAGAAUUGCUGAUUGCAUAGCUAAACUAAAUUCCGAUUGGCCCGAUGAGAAGAUUUUCCAUGAAGCAAGACGAAUUCUUAUUGCUCUGUAUCAAAGUAUUUCAUACAAUGAGUGGUUGCCAUUAAUUUUAGGUCGCGAGAAUUGUUAUAAAAACAAACUUAUCUAUGAAACGAAAGAAUAUGUCAACGAUUAUGAUCCUUCAGUGGACCCCACUAUUACUAAUGAAUUUGCAGCUGCAGCAUUUCGCUCCUUCCACUCAACAAUUGCUGGAAACCUUAAACGCUAUAAUGAGGAUCGACAGUUUGCUUAUUCUUCUUCAAGAUUCGGUGAACACUUUUUCAAUCAAACUGUCAUCGAAAAUUGUGACAACUUUGAUGGUCUGCUGAGAGGAUUAUGCACUCAGCCCCAAGAAGCGGCUGAUAAAUACUACGACAAAGAGAUAACAGUUUUUAUGAGUGGAAUAACACCGACUACCGGAAUGGAUCUUCGAGGCUUUGAUAUUCACAGAGGACGAGACCACGGUCUUCGACCCUACAUCGAUUAUCGCAUUCACUGUGGACUUUCGAAAGAUGUUAAAAAAUUGUCAGAACUAUAUGAGACUCCAGCUGAUGUUGAUUUAACAGUAGGAGCGUCUUUAGAAAAAAAUAUUCCAGACUCUAUGGCUGGGCCAACGUUUCACUGUCUUUUGACUAAACAAUUUCUUAAUACAAGAAUAGGUGAUCGCUUCUGGUUUGAAAAUGGAAAAAGUGGAACACCUUUCACCCUUAUACAACUGAAUGAAAUUCGAAAGGCAAGUAUCUCCAGAUUAAUAUGUGACAACGCUAAUGAUAUAAAAUCAAUGCAGCUGAAAGGAUUCGAGCUUAUUUCUAAAAAGAAUCCACUGCUUGACUGUCAAGAUAUUCCUUCGAUCGAUUUAUCACUUUGGAAGGAAAGUGCAAGUAAGAAAUAA